AUGGCUGCGCAACAGACCAAGAAAGCGCCGGGUGCCCAUUAUUCGGGUAACAAUCCCAUACCGAAUGUCCAAAAGUUCAUCGAGAGUUUGGAUAAGGACAAAAAGGAACGAGAUGCAAAGAUCAACGAGCAGAUGAAGGCCAAGAAGGCCAAUGGCACUGCUGGUUCCGAUGUCAAAGAGCACAAACAAGGCCAGCCAACGGGCGUGGAGGGAACAAGGAAGACAGUGACCGACCCUACAACUGGAAAAGAGGUUCAAAUUGAAGAUGUCAAUGCUGAUUUUAUGCAAGCAGUGAAAAAUCCCAUGCUGUCGGUGCCAAAUGCGAAUCUGAACAAAGAUACUCCGGUCAAGACAUCCUCAGACCAGUCCGGAAGGGAAUAUCAACAUAACCAAGAUAUCACCGCACCCCCAGAUCCAGUAGAACCAGGGAGCACUUCUGAUGUUCCUAUUCAUGGCGAAAAGACCAAUAUCCUCUUUCACCCCACUCCAUCAGUAAGCUAUGAGCCCAUGUAUGCCUCGCUCGAGAAGAGCACGUUGGUAUUGGCUGGUGGGGUAAUGAUUGCAAUUGUUGUACUUGGGAAAAUGUUUGGAGGAGCAUUAUAUGGCUUGAUACCCCUCGGAAUGUGUGUUGGAUCAGGAAUUUUCUUGUGGAUGAAGGAAUUGAUCAGAAAAGGACGGGAGAUGGAGUGGUCUAGUGAGAAAGAGCGCGGAGAGGUGGCAACUGCGAAUUUGAUUCCCGAAUCAGUCGAAUGGAUGAACACUCUUCUCGGCGUUAUGUGGGGACUCAUCGAUCCAGACAUGUUCAUCGGCGUGGCAGACACUCUAGAAGAUGUCAUGCAAGCUUCCGUGCCGGGUGUUAUUGAGAACGUUCGAGUCGCAGAGAUCAACCAGGGCACAAAUCCCAUCCGCAUUCUCAGUCUACGCGCUUUACCCGAUGAUCAUAUGAAAGAAAUGAAAGACGACAUUCGUAGUCAAAACGAGAAGGUUAAGGAUCCUCAGGAGUUGGCAGCAGAUGAAGAGGGUGGUGAUUAUUACAAUAUUGAAUGCUCUUUUGCAUAUCACGCAGCGCCAUCAGGAACUUCGACAUCUGGAAAGGCAAAGAACAUGCACAUGCAGCUGGUGUUUUAUCUUGGUGUCAAAGGACUAUUCGGCGUUCCUUUACCAAUCUUCGUUGAACUUCAAGGUCUCGUCGGAACCGUCCGCAUCCGUUUACAGAUGUCGCCUGAACCACCUUUCUUGAAAGCUUUAACUUUUACUCUCAUGGGACUGCCACAAGUUCAAGCUGGAUGUAUACCUAUGAUUGAAACUGGGAUCAACAUCCUCAAUCUGCCAUUAAUUUCAAACUUUGUCAACUACGCUAUUGGGGCCGCCGCCAACGAGUAUGUUGCGCCGAAAUCUAUGACCCUUGAUAUGGGCAAAAUGCUUCAAGGUGAUGAUAUCCAGAAAGAUGUCCUCGCUCUUGGUGUCCUCUGGAUCAGAAUCCACAAAGCCACAGGUCUUAGCAAGCAGGAUAGACGUGGCAGUGACGGGGGAGGCAGUGAUCCUUAUAUCACUGUCAGCUUCUCCAAAUAUGGUAAACCCAUGUACUGCACUCGUGUCAUCGAGGAUAACCUUAAUCCUGUUUGGGAAGAGACUUGCGCACUUUUGGUCACCCCUGAGCUUAUCAAAGCUGAUGAACAACUUUCCAUGGAAUUGUGGGAUUCAGAUAGAUCAACUGCCGAUGAUGUCGUCGGAAAGGUUGAACUUUCUAUGCAAAAGAUGAUUCAACAUCCAGGCAAGAUGUAUCCACAGGUCUCGAAACUCCGCGGUACACAUUCGGAUAGUUCUAUGCCUGGUGAGCUUCACUGGGAGGUAGGCUACUUUGGCAAGCCGCAAUUUAGACCAGCUCUUAGAACACACGGCAAAGACAUCAAUCUGCCAGAUCAGCUCAAGGAUAAGAAGGAAUUGCAAGACGAGAAAGGUGCUAUUGACAACGCGGAUGAGGAUGCUGUCGUACACACACCUCCGGACCCACUUUGGCCAAGUGGUAUCUGCAGUGUUGUGGUUCAUCAAAUUGUCAAUCUUGAGCUCGCAAAUCUUAAGGGUAGCGAGGGUAAGCGUAAGGGUAGAGAAUUCGAGCCGGCUCAGGAUAGUGGAGAAAAUAAGGAAGAAGAGAGCAAGAAACUGCCUAGCAGUUAUUGUACCAUCUUGUUCAACGAUGAAUUAGUGUACCGUACACGUACCAAAGUCGUAAGCAGUAAGCCUAUAUUCAACGCCGGUACGGAGAGAUUCAUGAGGGAUUGGCGAUCUGGAAUUGUUACAGUCACUGUUCGAGAUCAACGCAUGAGACAACACGACCCAAUUCUCGGUGUCGUCCCACUAAAAUUAUCCGAUAUUCUUCAGACUAGCUCGCAAGUUACCAGAUGGUAUCCUCUUGAUGGAGGCAUCGGGUUUGGACGAGUCAGAAUUUCGCUUCUAUUCAGAAGUGUCGAGACUAGACUUCCACCGUCCCAACUUGGAUGGGAUGUCGGUACUUUCGAAUUUACCUCUGAUAAAAUCCUAGCCACCGGAUAUCAUACACAAUCUAAGCUGAAGAUGCGAACUGGUGGCAGCUCUGGCAAGAUUGGUCGUGCGCAUUGCAAGAAGACAGACGAAGGUGAUGGUAUUUACUGGAACAUGUCUGGUGAAAAGGGUCAUGAACACAAUGUUCGACUCCCAGUAAAGUAUAGAUACAGAUCUCCAGUCGUCUUUGAAUUCCAUUCCGCCACUCAUCGAAGUGCGGAUGCUUAUGCCGUUGUCUGGCUACAUCACCUCGAGGAUAAUAAGGAAGAGAAUAUCAGCAUCCCGAUUUGGAAGACUGAUAAGGGAAUGAGAUUAACACAGAACUACAUCACAGAAGAGAACUUCAAGGAUAUUCCCGAUCUCAAAAUCGAGGAAGUUGGUCGUCUACAAUUCCGCGGUCGCUUCAAGGCUGGUACUGAUGCAGACCACGCCCACUUUAUAUCCGACAACGAUUCGAGAGAAACACACGAGACUUGGGAAGCUUGCAAUGCUGAAGGUGUAAGAGAAACAGUCGUCACCAAAGAGCUUCCUCCCGCCGUCCAAGAACUACACGACCAAUCCCUCACACAAGGGCGAGACGUGCUAUCUCAAGCUGAUGAAGAAGACAAGAAGAAAUGGCUUUCCAAAGAUGGCACAGAUUGGAGUGGGGCAUUCGGCGAAGAUCCAGCUAAGUACACCGACAAAAAGGGUACUCGUAGCAGUGGCGGCGAAACAGGCAAACGACAAGCAGUGGACGCAUCUGAUGACGAUGGUGACUACGACUCUUCUGACUCCUCAAGCGAUCUUGGAAUCCAGGACGCGGAUCAUGGAGAGGACGCUGAUGGCGCUGCUGAUGGCGAAAGCACCAAUGGAGAAGGUGCUACAGGUUCUACUCACCAUAAGAACCCAAUCAAGCAGGUCAAGAGCUAUAAUGAGGGCAAGGGAGAGAUGCAUCGUAAACAUCGGGGAUUGAUGCAGUGGAAACCAAUGCGCAACUUGCAGUUUGCGAAGGAUGAGACGAAGUAUGCGGUGAGGAGGACGUUCAAGAAGGGGAGUCUGGCUGGGAGACAACCUGAUGUUGAGACUGAGACUUGA